CAAUUAUAAAAAACAGACUCGGAACAUUGACCAACUGUCUCUGAUUCUAUUUGACGAGUUCCGAGAUAGCGGUGUUAUACCUCCUAGGCAAAAGUGUAAAUGCAAGUGUAAAGCGAAGAGAAAUGGGCACCGCUGUUUCGUUAGACAUCCCUACGGGGAGCACUGGCACCACGGUAGGUUAGUUGAGCAGCGUAGUCUCUAGCAAGUGUUUCCCCGAAUAUGGCGGACGGUGGUUAUUCGAAUUUUCAAGGGACACAAUGAAAGUGCACCGAGUUCGCGGCGGUGAUGUCCGUGUCUAAGGGCGUGUGGUGAUCCUGAGGGUGGCCGACGUAGAUACCCGGGCGCCGCCGUGAUCGUAACGGUUGCAUGCGUGCCGGCGUGUCGCCAUCCUGACUUCACGGGAUAGGGUUUUGCCGCGCCGCGAUUCUGUGUCUGAGAGCGACCGACCGUGGCGGGGCCCCCAUGCUUGUAAAUGGCUGACGGGAAUCGGAAAAUGAGGGCCGAACGUCGCGCGUGAUUCGACGGCCAAGACGCUGAGGUAUACGCGAUACUUUUUUCAUUCUUGUAACGUACUUAUCGCCGCUUGUAAUGGACACGUACAUAAAUGAAUGAUUUGGCGGACGACCAUCUAUUUUGCACAUUUGCGUGGACCAAGCAUUAUGUGUACGUGCAUACACAGGGUAGAAAAUGUCAGAGCCAGAAGAAAAUCUGGCAGCGCCGGAUAGCACUACGAGGGAACAAAAAUUGGGUUUCUCUCAUGGGGACGACGUUCUUCUUCAGCACAAAGAUGGGAAAUAUUAUCUUGGAACGGUUGUUGAGGUGGAUUUGGCAAGGGAGAAAUGCCUUGUCAAAUUUAUGGACAACACCUCCGCAUGGUCCUCUGUUAAGGAGUUGACAAAGCUAUCAAUGCCAGAUUCUGAUGUUAUGUGCGUUCUUUGUAAAAAAUCCCAGCCCAAGACUGAUAACGACAUUAUCGUUUGCGACAAAUGUGGUCGUGGUUAUCACCAACUUUGUCAUCAGCCUCAAAUAUUAAAAGAAGAAACUGCAGCCGAGGCGCAUUGGAUGUGUAAAAGAUGUAUAGAUAGUCAACCGCGUACGCGUGAAGUUGUAGAACCGAAAACUUCUAUGGUAAAGGCAAGUAUCAGAAAAGUUUGCAGUGGUAGGGACCAACCUCAGCCGCCACCAGAUGAUAUGACAAAGUUGCCGUACGAUCCCAAUAUGUUGAAUUGGGAUGCGCAUCAUAGAGUAAAUGCGGAACAAAUUUAUUGUUAUUGCGGACUCAAUGGCGAAUGGUAUACGCAAAUGUUGCAAUGUGCUCGUUGCAAGCAAUGGUUUCAUGAAAAAUGUGUCAGUUGCUUAACUUAUCCUUUAUACAGUGGAGAUAGGUUUUAUGUAUUUGUGUGUUCAAUGUGCAAUUAUGGCAAAGAAUUCGUACGGCGACUGGAAUUGAAAUGGGUAGAUCUGGUGCACCUGAUGUUGUACAAUUUAACUGUUUACAAUGCUAAAAAGUAUUAUGAUUUGGACACUGUUAUUGUACCUUAUGCCAAUGAUAACUGGAACACUUUGCAGCUUCCUCCACGGAUCAGGGAUGUCAGUGCUCAAAUACGCAGAGAAUCUAUACUAGCAAUAUUGACAAAUAAUAGGAACAGAUUCAAAUGUGGCAGAGAAAUAAAGAAACGUACUACGAUAUGGGGUCUUAGAGUUAGGUUACCACCACCGUGUCCAAUUGUUAAUCUUCCAGCAACUGGUGUAAUAGAUGAUUCUGUGUUACGUAGAUGCUGGGGUGCUAAUAAAAGACUGCAAUAUCUUCCUCCGCCUACAGGACCGAUAUCAUUACCGGAAAGUACAAAACAAUUAACUGCGUUGAAACAAAGUACAGCAGAAAACUUGGAAAUUCCAGUAAAUCCAUCGGACGUGGUAAUGCGUGGAACAAUUUAUCAGAACUCGGAAGCAGAACAAAGUUCGUGUCCGAGUCCAAGCCCACCGAGUCAAUCGACGCAGUCCCUGAGGGAAAGGUAUAUUGGAGGUGGCUUUGUAAAGAAAUCAUUCCCGUUUCCCAAACUUAGUUUGCAAAGAAGGAGACGUUUAAUGGCAUUAGGAAGUUCUCGCGAAAGAAUGUUGCGUAAACACAAGAAAAGAGAAAAGAGCGACGGUGCUUUGAGCAAAGCUCAGGGCGUUCGAGAAGCUAGAUAUAGGAAAGCGAGGAAAUUAUUGAAGAAUGCUAUAGCUAAGAGUAAAUCCCGUAACUCGGAAACAUCUGAUCUACCACCGACACCUCCAACUUCAGUUUCUGGUCCACCUACGCCGCCAGCCACAACUUCGGGUAUAUCUGAACUAUCUGUGCCUAGUUCUGUGGAAUUGAUGCAUCCUUUACCACCAUCUACGCCUGCGGAUACAAGUGGGGAUGAAACCAGUUCAAGAGGAACCUUGGACUCCUUCAUUCCACCACCCAAAGACUUUGAAGGCAAGAAUAAUCCUUUUAGAAAUCUCAGUGAUUUAUUGGGUACACCUGGCAAUCAUCUCACUCAAACAAAUUCAAGUACCCCGUCACCGUACAAUCAAUGUCCAAUUACAUUACCUCUACCGCUUACUCCUGUUAUAUCUCAACCGCCGGUAGUGCGGCCAGCCAAAAGACAAUUAUCGGAAAAAGACAUUAUUAUAGACAGAAACGGGCAAGUUAAACGUAGACGUCAACAUCGGAGAGGACGUCCAUCGCAACAGCAGAUACAACAGCAGUAUCAGCAUACUGCCAGUAAAACGGCAACCAUCUUACCGGCACGUAAUAACGAAAUUAAAAGUGAAUUUGCAAGGAAUUUAAGAAGUUCGUUUAACGGUGCCUCGAGCAGUGCUAGUAGUCAAAUUGGAAAUUGUGUCGAUUAUGCCUUAAACGGGAGGAGACUAAGACAACGUCAAAACAAUGACAAAUUACCGCCUCCAGAUCCACAACCGCAAAAGAAAGGUAGCGUACCUUCAUCCCCAAAGUGUUCGCCUGUUAAACAAAGUGCGCCCGACAUAUCUCUGGAUGAUUUAAAAUCAUCGGUGAACAUAUAUUUUGGAGCAGCUAAUAGAAUCGCUGCUGGUGAAAAGUUUGUCAUCAGAGCAAAGAGGAUAGGACCGAACGGUCAGACUCAAUACCUAAUCGAGUGGGAGGGACUUAAUACUUAACAAUAAAUCAUUUCUUUAUGAUUAUAAAUGCAUUGCAAUCGUAUAAAAUUUCCGUUAACGAAUCGAGCAACAGCGAUGUUACGUUGUUGCUCGAUCAGUUUCAAAUCUCGACGCGUAAAAGAGAUGAUUAGUGACAAAUUGAUGCAAGUCACAUGCACUGCCAUUCGUUACAUAUGUUUAUGUAAUAAGUAUAUAUUAAUUGGUGUACGAUGUGCGACUGUUCUUGCAAAUGUAAAUUUUAUUUCAUUCGAUCAAGAAACUGCGAGUCUUACGAAGAGAAGCAGUUUGCAAACAAUAGUGAAUAUAAAUUCAUUGCUGGACAAUGAAUUUGCUUUGCCAUUUGUAUUUAAAGUAAAAGACCGAUUCAUCGAUUUGUUUCGUUUCAUAUACCGGAAAACACGAACGUUCUCCUUUUUGUUUAAUUCAAAUUCUAUAUUCAAAAUGUACCGUCCAUGAUUACCUUCGAUGCAUAAAAUUCAAUUAACGUUUCUACAUCUAUUUUUAAUAUAAAGCGAGGUAAUAGGAGCACGCGUGAGGGAAACAUUUACAAGAACAAUCAGAUACAUUGCUUUAUGAAUUGUAUAUAUUGUAGCAUAGUAGUUUGACAGGAAAAAAUCGAAGAAUGUAAAGCAAAUGUAAAAGGAGAAAGGAAUCAUUUGCGGCGGGUUUUGAAUUCGUUAGAAAUUGGCCAAUCGCUCGUUUUUAUAAGUUUGCGGAGCGUGCACCAUGAUCCCGACGAGAGAAAGAAAAAAAAAAAAAAAAAGGAAAAAAGAAAAAGAUGCGAAUUGAAAAACUGACAGUUGUUCCUCUCACUUGAGCUAACAUACUAGCGACCGUUAGCGGUUAGUAUGCGUUAAAGAGUAAAUGAAAAAUAUGGAGUAAAGAAAAGAAAAGUAGACAUCCUGCAAAGGUUAUUUUUCAAUACAAUCGUAGAGAUAGACAUCGGCUCCUGUAACUUGAUCUUCUUGAACCGUUGUUACGCCCACCAUUUACUCAUACGACAAUAUGACUAAAAUCAAAAUCAUAACACGCGAUCAUACUGCCACAAAACAGAUCUGCCACACUGCAGUUUGUCUUCUGCGUAUAACUAUGCGUUCGACUUGUUGUAGUAUUUGACGAUUCUAUAGUGGCUGACAUAACGGUGCAAUUGCUCGUGAGCAACUUUUAUUCUUUAUAUACGGUUCAAGAUGAUGAAGAUGCAGUUCUAGCAUUGCUCAUUAUUAUACAAGACUAGGGGGAAAGAACUUACCUAUUUCAUAAUAACGUACAAUUUAAGGAGUCGUCGCAUAGCUGAGUACGUAAGUGGUUGGCCAAAGUUAUCUAUGCGAUAGAUAACGUUGUAAAUUUUCUCCAUGCGUUUUUCCAGGUUAGAGAAA